AUGGGUUUCCUGAACUUCAACGAGUUCGAGGUUUUGCUGUCGGCGUACACCAUAAUUCUUAAAGCACUGCUGCUACCGUUGGCACCCGGAACACUUCCAGACGCAGAUCGCCUUAACGUGCUCCUGGACGAGGCAACGACAUGCGCCGUCAGCGACCUCAGCGGGGACCGCCCAAAACCUUAUGACUGGCCAGCGCUGGAGGCGACCGCGGCCGCGCGAAUCCUUGCGGGUCGCUGGAAUCACGUGACCCAGCACGAGGUGGCUCGGCUGGCACUCAACCUGGCGGCCCUGUGGGAAUGCAGCGAGAUGCUCCGAGAUCACGGCUUUCCGUUACCACCGCAACCGCCCUCUCAAGAGGCGAAAGAGAAACAGCCACCUAGUGCUAAUGGCGGCAGCGGCUACUGGGACGAUACGCCGGACGCAGUGCUGGGAUGUGCUGUGCCGUCUGCGACUGGUACUGCUGCGACUGUUGACAGAGGUGCAGGCAGUAGCAGUGGGCCUGUCGUACACCAGGAGCCCAGUAGAGCAGUGGCAGAGGCGGACCGCAGCACGCAGCCACCGACGACGGCCCCAGCGGCAGUAGCAGUACUAGCGGCUGUAGCGCCAGGGGCGAGCACUGGGAGGGGUAACAGCAGCGGCGCCGCCGGUGGCGCCGUCGACAACGGCAUCCUAGGUAGCGCACUACGAGGCGCAGGUGCUGGGGCGACAUGCAGAAACGCUGACGGCGGCGACGUUUCGAAGCGCGACCGCGACUCGAAGCGCUCAGAGGAGCGUCGUACGACAGCUGCAGCGGAACUAGGAACUGAAGGGAGGCACCGGCAGUCACGGACCGGGCCACGGUCACGUUCUCCGCGCCGCCCCGAUUCGGAGUCUUUGACUGAAUCUUUGACCGAGCCGUGCCGUACAAGGACGGACCCCAGUGCCAAAGGCAAACAGGAAGGGCCAGGAACAGGGAAGGCCCGUGACCACCGUACGACCAGAACCACGGCCAAUAUCAUGGAGGAGAAGAACAACAGGAGCAGUAGUCGUAAGGAAACGUGCACUUGUGUUCCCCCAGCACCUCCUGCGGCGGCGGUGGUGGGGACGGUGUCGGCGCCGCGACAACGGGGCGCCACCUCGGACCACCGUGACAGACGUGCCGUGGAAUUGGACGCGCAGCGCCAGACGCGGCCGGACGAGCAGAACGAGCAGAAGAGGGGGCGGCAGGAUGAGCGUCGUACGCAGGAGAAGGAGGAGAACGGGAAGGCCAGGUCGCCGUCGUCAUCGUUGAAAAAAAAGAAAAACAAGGACGCGGCGGCAGUGGAGGAGGAGGAGGACAAGGAGGAGAAACGGCGGCAGGAGAAGAAGCAGCGGAAGGAGUCCGAAGCCGGCGGUGGCGGUGGUGGUGGUGGUGGUGGUGGAGGCAGAGUGCGCAGGGGCCCGCCGGAGACGGAGGCACGAGGACGAGAGGCAAUGGAUCGGCGUGGGCCGGGUACAGUGGCUGGGGGGAAGGGGAGGCCGGCGGCGACUGAUGAAAAGACACGCGAUGGCGGCGGCGGUGACGGAGGCAGCCGUGAUCCGCCUUCCAGAUCAUUGAAUCCAAAUUCGGAUGCAAAUUUGUUCCUAGACAGCUAUGGGCACAGGGGGCCGGAGCAAGGCGGUACAGGUCAACGCAGUAAAAAGGAACUUAGCAGGCACGACAGCAAGGCGGCAGGAGAGGCGUCGACAGGGCCGUUGCCGCCGCCGCUGACCCUGACGACGAUGAUGGCCUGUCCGCCGCUAUCACCGACCUCGCCUUUGCCGGCGCCUCUAAUGCCUUUGCCGCCGCAGCCGCAGCCGCCGGAUCCCCGGCAGGCGCCACCGCUGCAGCGGCAGCCGGCGGAGGAGAGUGGACGGCAGCGGUGCCAGGUAUUGCUGAGGGGAAAGGGGGAUUCGUGCGCGCAAACCGCGGAGGGCGAGGCUCCGCCGUCAUCGUCGCCGCCACCGCCGCCGCCGCCACUCUGCGGAUCUCGCUGGACUUUGUCCCUUACGGCGGCACCAGCGAGUACCGCCGUGACGGAAGGUAAGCUGGCGCCGCCGCCAACACCCUCACAGCAGGGGGUGUCGUGUCUCUGUCCGCUGACGGCAGCUCAGCAGGCGUCCGCCGCCGCCACCGUCACAGCUGCCCCGAGUAACAGCAGCAGCGGCGGCGAAGAGCGACACGGCGCUGGCCGCGCGACCAAGCGUCCGCAGAUGACUGAGAAGCACAGGUCCGCGAAUGAAAUAAAUAAUGACGACGGGGACGGCGAUGCCGCCACCGCCGCCACCGGUGGUGGUGGCGACGGCGGCGGGACCGUGGCCGUGGCCGUCACCAGCUCAGACGCGCCAGCGAGCCGUGUUGGGCCGUCGGCGGCGGUGGCUACGGAUACGGCACGGGUCGGCAGCGGCGGCAGCGGCAAUGUUGGUGACCACGGCGCCGGGAGUAAUGGGACCAAAGGUCGAGGGAAGGACAGUAGUAGUCGCCACCGUGCCACUGGCAGCGGCGGCGGCGGCGGCAGCAAACGCAGUCGCAGUCGCAGCUGUAGCCCGAGCCGGGGCCGGCGGCGGCAAGCGUCGGACGCGGCCGCGGCGAAGGCGGGUAAAGAUGACGGCAGUGGAGCCAAGCGCAAAUCUUUGCCUGAUAAGCCUAGUCCCUCCAAAGGGCGGCAUAAAUCCAGGAUCAGAUCCAGAUCCAGAUCCAGGUCGCGAACGAGAACAAGAUCCAAGUCGAAGCCUCGGGGCCAUCAAGUCACCGAUUACUUCAAUGUUGGCCGCUGGUCGUUUCAAGUGCAAAAAGCCGUACAGCGAGAACCUCGCAUUACCGUACAUGAUUUGCCAAGGAUGGGAUUGGAUGUUCCCGAAGACGUCAUCGCCCAGUGGCGGGCUCCCGACUUUACGGCGUUUGUGGAGAGCUUCCCCUGGUUUUGGCGGGUCACACGUACGGGAGUGCUGGUACCCGGCUCAUCCGUCGGACCGCCGCCGCCGCUGCCGGCGUACGUGGACCGGUUGUCGUACCCUCCCGAUGCCUUGCGAUCCGACGCGGAUGCGGGACGCCUCUUUCGAGGCGGCCCUGGCCUGGGGUCUCUGCCGUCGUCGCCGCCGCCGCCGCUACCUUCUUCGCCGCCGCCGCUGCCGUCGUCGCCGCUGCGGCGGCUGCCGCACAUGGACGAUUCGCCUAUGCGGAAAGGGCCUUACUAG